AUGGCUCGGUACAAGCCGAACCUCCGCAAUGUGCUGGCCUGGCUGUGCGAUGCUUGGAUGAAGAUCGAGCGUCGAAGAAUAGAAUGGUGCUGGUGGUGCACCGAGUGCCUGCCGCAUGCUUGGGUAAUGGAACUUGAGCACGUGGGCAACGGCGGCAACGGCGCCGCCAUCACCGAGCUGGAUGAGGCCGAGGGCGACGUGGGGAUUCUCAUCGAUCGUCUCGGCCUUGGGUUAGCCACGAUGCCAGCUGGGGACUUCGUGCGCAUCGAUGACAACCAGCCGACUUGCGCAAAACUGGGCCAUAUUCCGCUGGCGACUGAGCCGCCGUCUGCGCCGCAUGCCGAGAUGUGGGAGGCCUCGGCCAGCAUGCAAGCCGUCUACGACGACGGCAAUUUGGCCACCCGCGAGGCACGGCGCUACACACGCGCUGCAAGCGAGAUGCUUAUUGGCUACGCGAGGGCCACCGGCAUCGCCCCACGUGACCGCUACGCAAUGUUCGACAUCCGCAACCCCAUCAUCAGGGCCCGGAUGGAGCGCGCAAGCCCGACUCUUAAUCUGAACAGCACGCCUCCUCCCGCAAUGCCCCUUGGCGCCACCGCGCCGGCUGAGACACCUCGUCGCCGUUGGCGUGUGCUGCUGGCGUAG